UAUAUAUAUACACAUUCUUUUAUAUAUAUGUAUAUAUAUAUAUAUGGAUGGAUAUACAUCAUCAUCAAGGACAGAUCUGCAUUGAACCGCUGUGACCAAUGACCUGUAUGUCUCGCGACACGCGCAGAGCAGCAAUUCUGUUGCUGAAGCUCCAGCGGCUGUCGCCAAGUGGCAAGGUCCUUGGCGCAUCCCUGACCGGGUUUCCUGUAGGCAGUCGAGGAACAACCAAAAUAACGACAAUGAUUAACCGGACAAAAGUAAUCCUCGAAAUGGCCGUUUUAGCGAUCGUAGUCCCGUUUGGACUGCUGUAUGGAAUUAAACAUAUCAAAUUUGCUCCUUCAAGGAAAUACCAGGUCGAAGAUACCAGAUCAUUCGACGAAUCUAGGGGAGAAAUCGGCCUUUCCCUGGGACCUAGGGGAAAUUCCACUUCGCCGAGGGGAAUUUUCGCCACUUUCUUGAAGACACGAGACGAUCCGGGGGUGAAACCGACCGAGAUUUUCGGGGAAAUGGACCGAUUUAGGGGAGAAACCCAAGGGACGCCGGCAAAAGAGCUGAAUAUCCUGCUCCUGAGUUCGGUGGGGAGAAGCGGCUCUUCUAUGUUCGGGGAACUUUUGGCUCAAAUGCCCAACUCGCUCUAUUUCUUCGAGCCGCUUAUGUUCUACCAGAAACAUACCUCUGAGGGCGUGCAGCCGAGGACGACCUUCUCCAUCCUGCAGAAGAUCUACAGCUGCGCCUGGGACCCCGGCGACGCGCUGUGGGCCUCCUUCGGCGCCGACAGAAGCCUCGCCAGGCAAAAUGGCCGCCAGCCGGUGUGCGUCUACGAGAGCGGCAAAAGGACCCUGAAUUGCUUGCGGAACACGUGCUUGCGGAACACCAAUAUAGUGGUCAAGGUCAUCCGCAUGCGAGUGGCGUGGCUGAGCGCCCUCCUGAGCGCCGGCAAGCCCUCCGUCAGGGUGGUCCACCUCGUCAGGGAUCCGCGAGGGUCGUUCCUGUCGCUCAAGAGGCAGGACAUGAGGCAGAAGAACCCGAGGGAGUGGUGUCCGGCUAUCCUGCAGCCGAGGACGACCUUCUCCAUCCUGCAGAAGAUCUACAGCUGCGCCUGGGACCCCGGCGACGCGCUGUGGGCCUCCUUCGGCGCCGACAGAAGCUCGCCAGGCCAAAAUGGCCGCCAGCCGGUGUGCGUCUACGAGAGCGGCAAAAGGACCCUGAAUUGCUUGCGGAACACGUGCUUGCGGAACACCAAUAUAGUGGUCAAGGUGAUCGGGCUGCUGCAUGCAGGGAUUUUGUCAUGA